AUGCAAGCAUACCGUAAAGACAAUGCUACCCCUACUGUUAUAAUCAGUAACAACCUACCUGGCAAAGACACUUUCCAGCUAAAUGAGGAUAUGAUAGAAGAUAUCAAGCAGUUGAUAUUGAAUAUUCGUUCUUUCCCAAUAAUAGAUCUAACAACAAAAGACAAACUAGACUUCUAG